ACGGUGACAUGUUGUUUCACUGCAGCGCACUGUUAGCUUUACUGUUAGCUUAGCUACAUGCUGUUAAACAUGACCGGAGUUCACAGGUGAAGACAUAUAAGACAUGAAUGGGUUAAAAGCGGUUGGGAUCGGGCUCUCUAGGACCCCGCAGACACCUAGCAUGGGCGGAGGAGCAGGCGGAGAAAGGUGAAGUUACCCUCAGACUACUGAUCAGAGGUCAGUUUUGAAAUCCCACCGAUGAAGGUGAAGGUUGUGCAAAGGGCUCGGGACACCGAUCCCCGGUCAGUUCACAUCCAAAGUACAAAGCUACGCAUUUUGCGAACGACGUAAAAGGAUAAACACAGACGGCUAGAUUUGAGCUAGCAUACAAAGAGUUGAUCCGUACAAGAUACUGUGAUGUUCCCAAGUUGAAAACUACCACCAUCGUCCUCACAAGUCCGUCGAAGCGACCUCAAUGGCCGGUUGUUGUUGUUGUUGUUUGGGAUAGGCGGCUUUGAUGCGGCUCGGAGCAAAGAUCCAGACCCAGACGUCCAUCAUAAUCCGCAGUGUCAACAUCUCCAUUCAACUCCGCGCGGAGCAGGUGACUCUGUAAAGCGAGCCCUGGUUUUGGAUCCGCGAUGCAAGCGAACACAACGCGGGGCUUCUUGUGGUCGGAUGUGGAGACGAGGACGUUGUUGAACAUCUGGGGGGAGCAGGACAUCCAGGCGGCGCUGGAUGGAAACUUCCGAAACAGCUUCGUGUACCGCGACGUUUCCCGGAGGCUGGGGGCGAUGGGGUUUGAGAGGACGCCGGAGCAAUGCAGGGUGCGCAUCAAGAGCCUCAAGAGACAGUACUUGUUAGCCAAGGAGGGCAAUCUGCGCAACAACGGGCAGUAUCACAAGAUCUGUAAGUUUUAUGACACCAUGGAGAGGAUUUUAAGCAACCGGCCCGCUCUUGACCCUCAGGAGUUCAUAGAGGGCGGGGCGGGAGGAGAGGAGGCCGGGGAUGGCCUGGAGGAGGAUGGAGAGGAUGCUCAGGAUGCUUACUCCGAGAGCACAGGGGAGUGUCCUUACCCUGCAGAGACUGAAGUCAAGUUGGAAUACCCAACUGUACCCAUCCCUAUACCAGUUAAAGUGACAGUGGGCAACAACAGCACUCCAGUAAGACCGCACAACAGCAGCCAGCCGGCCAGUAAUCUCUCAGCCAGGGCACCCAAACGUGCGAGGAAGCGGCGUGCAAACUUCCCCAUGGAGAAACUAAUGGAGCAGUUCCUGGAGCAGAGCGCCCAGGCUGAGGACAACUUCUACCGUAUGGAGGAGCAGCGGCUGCAGGCAGAGGACCACCGCAGGGAAGCCGAGCACGCCAGGGAGCUGCACAUGCUUCAGAUGCUCGGUCAGAUGUUCUCCAGCAUCUCCUCCACGGCCAGACCCGGCUCUGCGGCCAGUCCCUCCAAAACAGCUCCUCCUGCCCGCGCUCCUGCGUUCUCCAGUGCCUCCCUGUCGUGUACACGAGGCCAGGCCGGUCACCUGAGACGCCCUUCACCCCAGACAGACUGUUGCACCCAGCAAAGUCAGCUGUUGAACCCAGAUCCCCAGGCUUUAGUGUUUGACCGCUACUACAGUUUGGGGUCGACAUCACACAGAGGUAUGGACGAUGACAUCCUCUCACUGGUGAAGAGCAUAGUCCCUCCACUGACAUCCAAAAAGCACAAGGGACAAGAUGGACGUAUUGGGAUCAUUGGAGGAUGCCAAGACUACACUGGAGCUCCAUACUUUGCUGCCAUCUCAGCACUGAAAGUGGGAGCCGACCUGUCUCAUGUGUUCUGCACCAAAGAUGCUGCAACUGUAAUCAAAUCAUACAGCCCUGAGCUCAUAGUUCAUCCUGUUCUGGACAGUCCUAAUGCAGUGGAAGAGAUAGAAAAAUGGCUCCCAAGACUUCACGGCCUUGUGGUGGGACCAGGUCUAGGGAGAGAAGAAGCGUUACUGAGAACAGCAAAGGAGGUGAUAGAGAAGUCUAAAGCACGAGAUAUCCCUAUAGUCAUUGAUGCAGACGGAUUAUGGCUAGUUACACAGCAACCAUCUGUUAUUCAAGGGUACCAGAAGGGCAUCCUCACACCUAACAUCAUGGAGUUCACUCGGCUGUACGAGGCUCUGCACCAUGAGCCCAUGGACAGCAGUGAUCAUCAACGCAGCGUCAUGCAGCUCAGCGUAGCCAUGGGCAACCUCACUAUGGUGCUUAAAGGAGAGCAUGAUCUCAUCACAGAUGGCAGUAAGGUGGUCUCAUGCAGUGUCGAGGGCAGUGGGAGAAGAUGUGGUGGACAGGGGGAUCUUCUGUCGGGAUCUAUGGGAGUUUUAGCACAUUGGGCACAUGCUGCCUCUGCAGCAGGAACAGUCAGAAGUGUAAAUCCAUCAGUGGUUGCAGCAUUCGGGGCCUGUUCUCUCACAAGACAGUGCAACAGUCAAGCAUUCCAGCGGCACGGCAGGUCCACCACCACAUCAGACAUGAUCCAGGAGAUUGGCUCGGCCUUCAAAAAGCUAUUUGAAAGCUAAAAACACUGCCAACAGAAAUCAAAAUUGUUGUUUUAAAUCUAUACAUAAAUACUCGAUUUUGCAUUCUUAAAAGCUGCAAGUAUAGCCCGUGGGUGGGCUGGUGGAAAAAUGUUGUCAUCAAGUUGACUUUGGAUCGAGAUUAGAGCGGUGUGGACUUUCCUUGCAAGCACGGCCCCUAAAAAUCUGGUGCAAAAAAAUACACUGACCUGUUUGUGUAUUGAAUAAACACUAAGAAUACCUACAGUCUUCCAUCUCAUGUGUAUUAUGAUGAGUGCAUUCAACAUGCUGAGGUGGCUAAAUUUUUCACAGCCCACCAAAGAGACUGAGAUGAUGACAUAAAUGGGGCCACAGGAAACCAGAAAUCUGUUUGGAUUUUGAAAUAAAUAAUAAAUAAGG